CUUCGCCAGUGAGGCAUUGUUUUAGUUUCGCUAGUUUGUAAACGGUCGGUCAAUACCAUUCCCUGUUAUCCUUUCUGGCCGUGUGCGAUCUGUGAUGCGGUAAUCUUGUGAGAACAAAGGCAGAAAAUCUGCUUGCGGACAUAUUUGGCAAGGGCCUAGGAGCGCGGCGCGAGGAGAAGGACGGGCGCGAUUUGCAUGGAUCGGACGCGGCGGAAGGGAUUGGCACUCGGCGCUGGGAAACUCUUGCGCAAUCCAGUAGCGAGUGAUAUUGGACUCAUUAAUAAAUAGGUAGGCGGUGCUGAUAGAGAAAGAGGCCGCCGCGACCAAUGAUGCGGGCUGGCUCGGAGCCGCGGUGGAAACGCAUGCGCGUCUCGCCGGGCAUCCUCGGGAUUUUGUGUUAAAAAAAGUUUCCUUCUUUUUUAUUGUAUAUGUAUCAGGUAGCUGCUGCAACUGCUGGAAAGGAAGCACGCACCCACCGAACGAACAGCGAGCGCGUUUUAUAGAGGCAAGCAGCAGCCGCGGCAGUCGCAAGCAUCUCCGCCAGUAGCUCGUCUGAUUGACACCGACAGAGAUGGAUGCAGCGCAAGAAAACGAAGUGUCCCCCACUUCGGCCCUGACGCCCCCGAGCACGCCCCCGGCCGCCCCCUGUAAAGCCCUGGCGCCGUCCGGCAGCAAAUUCACCUUCGACUCGGAGCGGUCGGCUUUCCAGCCGGCUCUCCAGCGGCCGUCGGCCGCCGUUGACCACAAGCAGCUGAUUAUCAACAACCACCUGCACCAAACCUUCUACCUGCAGCAGCAUCCUGAGGCGAGCAGCCUCCUGCAGUACCAGCCACAGGACCUGCGGCUGCACUACAACAUGCUGGUGAGCCAGUGGCUGCGCUACUACCGCGGCCAAACGGCCAGUCCAGCGGUGGCUGCGGCCCCCGUGCCCUUGACCACCGGAGUUGGCCGCGGCAGGGGUGGCAGAGGCGCGUCCAACAGACCAAAGAAGCAGUUCAUCUGCAAGUACUGCAACCGGCAGUUCACCAAAAGCUACAACCUGCUCAUCCACGAGCGUACGCACACCGACGAGCGGCCCUACAACUGCGACAUCUGCGGAAAGGCCUUCCGCAGGCAGGACCAUCUCAGGGACCACAGAUAUAUCCACUCAAAAGAAAAGCCGUUCAGGUGCUCGCAGUGCGGCAAAGGCUUCUGCCAGGCUCGCACCCUGGCCGUGCACCGCAUUCUGCACCAGGAGAGCGCGCCGCACCGGUGCCCAGUUUGCGCCCGCGCCUUCAACCAGCGCUCCAACCUGAAAACCCACCUGCUCACCCACACCGACCACAAGCCGUACGAGUGCCACUCGUGCCGAAAGGUGUUCCGGCGAAACUGCGACUUGCGCAGGCACGCCCUGACGCACGUGGAGGGCGCCCUGUUCCCCGCGGGGCUGCUGGCCGAGGCUUCGGAGCCCACCCUGGACCUCUCAGUCAAACCCAGCCAGCCGUCAGUUCCUAACAAGCCCUUUAGCUUUAGCAUCGACGACAUCAUGCGCAGAUAAAAAGCAGCCCGUCGCACGCUCGCUCUCGCGCUUUGAAGCCAAAUAUUCGCACUCAGGACUGGCCAUGCACCGGCGCGCAGUCAUUUUGACAAACUGAUGAGUUCUUUUGAUCCACCAACCCGUUGAUUAAGUGUUUAAUUAUAAUGCCUGUUACAUGCGAGCAUAAUUCUAUUAUUAUUGUGAAAUAUAUAAUUACUAUUGGAAAGUAUAAAUUAUUGUAAUGUGUACGCGCUUGUAAAUAACAUUACUGGCUAUGAUUAAUGUGUAAAUUAUAUAUAUGUUUAUGAUGUGCAUUUCGCUUGGAAAGAGAUUUGUCAGCAGAAUUUAUUGUGCUGCAUUUGACGAGAAUAAAUUUCAACUGUGAAAAUCA